UCUCCUUCUCUUUCUCCUUCUCCUGAUCUCCAGAGUCUCGCUCUGUCUACUCUUCGUGCCGGCUGAUUGAGUUAUUGGAUUUACCUGCCGCAUCUCAGCCCGAUACAGAGGAACCCGAAAGCACAUAUCUGAACAAGAGAAGCACGAUGACACAGAAGGUCCUCCAAGUCGGAAUCCUCACCGCAGACGAAGGCGCCCAAGCCAUUCAAGGAAUCUACCUUCCUAUCCUUACCGCUCUUACCAACACAUACCAAGUAGCUGCCAUCUACAAUGCUCCAAAAGGUGAUACCAAGCAGACGAUAAACAGCACCAGGAAGGCUUACACCAACGGCCAUUACACCAACGGUCACACCAACGGUCACACUAACGGCCAUAUCAACGGCCAUCACGCAGAUGGCACGACCAUAGCCGAUGGCCAUGAGAACCGAAUCAAAAACAUCAAUCAUGCAUCGUCCGCCGAAGAGAUCAUCUCCGACUCUUCUAUCCAGCUGAUCCUCAACUUCAUGCCCAACGAGUAUCACGAGAUCUACACAGUAGCGGCUCUGGAUGCUGGCAAGCACGUCAUGGUCGAAACACCCGUGAGCCUGAGCAUCCAAAGUGCACGGCGCAUUAUUGAAGCGGAGAAGCGUGCCCCCAAUGGUGCUAAAGUGUUUGUGGCAUGUGCGCGACGCUAUGCCCCUUGUAUCGAGGAGGUCUUCAGGAAGGAGGUUGCGUCCCUGGAUCGCAUCUAUUACGCUCGCUGCCGAAACAUCGCGGGCCCUAGCUUGGCGCACACGGCUACCGCACCGCGGAAGAGGCUCUGGACUGCCUUGAAUGGUGCAGCAGUAUAUGGAUUCGCAUCGGAGGAGAAUAGGAAGAAGGAUAGUGGCCCGCAGCUCAUGCACGGUUUGCUGCAGGAGAUGUUCUUGGGACAGGAACUGACCAAAGAACGUAUCGCGCUCUGCGAGUUUCUUGCCUCUCUGGGCUGUCAUGAUCUGGGCUUGAUGCGCGACUCGCUUGGGUUUCCUGAUGCCAUCUCGAACAUCUCUGUGAACGAGCCAUACUACUCGGCCUUGUUCCAUUAUUACAGUGGGCGGAAGGGCGAGCACCCAUUUACCCUGAUGUACGAGACGGGUACCGAUGCCGUGCCGCGUUGUGAUGCACACCUUGCAAUCUAUGGUGACACAAAGACUGUCAGCAUUCAGUAUGGUCUGCCAUACGCUCGUGGUGUGCCUGUGAAGGUUGUGGUGGAGACGGCAGAUGAGAAUGGGGAGAUGAAGAGAACUGAACGUGUGAGCGGGUGGCAGGAGACCUAUGAGGCAGAACUCAAGGCGCUGCACGCCUACCUCACCGAAGAUAAGAUGGCCAAGACGGCCGCCCGCGAUGGGCUUCAGGAUCUGAAGCUGUUUUACCAAAUCUUCGAGCAGUACGAUCGGCAGUGUGGCACCAUUCGGACUCCUCUGGGCUAGGCAAUGGAAAUUGGCAACACGCGCGGUUAUACUCAGGGUGGGAUACUGUUUUAGCAGGAAAAGUCUCACAUGUAAGAACUAAUAUGCAUACUUUAAAAUUUGCUGUUUGUUUCGAAGGCGAAAGGGCGAGUUGCAUCAGAGCA